CCCCGCAGUGAGUAAGCGAGGAGACUCUCAUCCAAGGAUCGCACUAAUGGCGGCCGGCAAAUCCGUGCGCUGACAUCAAAUCCAUAACAGAGCGCCGCCUCUUCAAAGACCCACUGAGACAUCUCAGGGAAGGGCGCUAGUAGUCUUGCGCACCAAGAACGGUUUCAGUAGGAGAAGAAGUACUGGGUGAAAUUGUCCAGUUACUUCAGCUGAGACUUUCCUAUUUAAAAAAUGGAUGAACACCCCGGCGGAGGAGGAGUAGGAAUGGGCAGCCCGAGACAGCAGCAAGCGCCGCAGCAGGGGAAUAACAACGUUAAUCCGCAAAUCGGUGGAGGGGGUGGUGCUUUAAUGGUCCAACAACAACAAGAUGAGAUGCCUCGGCCUCAGCAAUACACAAUCCCGGGGAUUUUACACUACAUUCAACACGAAUGGGCCCGUUUCGAAAUGGAAAGGGCUCAUUGGGAAGUGGAGAGGGCCGAGCUCCAGGCUCGAAUAGCAUUCCUCCAGGGGGAAAGGAAGGGUCAAGAAAAUCUAAAGAAUGACUUGGUCAGAAGAAUAAAGAUGUUAGAGUAUGCAUUAAAGCAAGAAAGAGCAAAAUACCAUAAAUUAAAAUAUGGUACUGAACUCAAUCAAGGUGAAGUGAAGAUGCCCAGCUUUGAAUCAGAUACCAAAGACGCAGAGGUCCCCGCCGUUCCUCAGAACAGCCAGUUGACGUGGAAACAGGGCAGACAGCUCCUAAGACAGUAUCUCCAGGAGGUAGGCUACACGGACACGAUACUGGACGUGCGGUCGCAGCGGGUGCGCUCCUUACUGGGCCUGUCGGGCUCGGAGCAGAACGGCUCGGUGGAGAGCAAGAACCUGGAGCAGAUCCUCAACGGCGGCGAGUCUCCCGCCAAGAGAAAGGGACAGGACAUGAAAAGGAAUCCUGGCGAUGUUCUAGAAACGUUUAACUUCUUAGAAAACGCUGACGACAGCGACGAGGAUGAGGACGAGGAAGGCGACAUGAUGGAGGACAUCUCAGACCGGGAGAAGCACAGAAUAAAGAAACACAAAAUCAAGGUGGGUAAUGAGGGUCUGGCGUCCGACUUGCCCGACGACCCAGACACGGAGGAGGCGCUGAAGGAGUUUGACUUCCUGGUGAACGCCGAGGACGGGGAGGGGGCUGGGGAGGCCCGCAGCUCAGGAGACGGCACAGAAUGGGCGGAGCCGCUGCCGUUCCCGUCGGGAGGGGGCAAGUCGUUCCUGCUGGGCUCCGAGGACGGCCUGGAGAGCGUGCUGGGCCUGGGGGACCUGGCAGACCUCACCGUGGCCAACGACGAGGCCGAAUACAGCUAUGAUCUGCCGACCAAUAAGGACGCGUUCAGGAAGACGUGGAACCCCAAGUACACGCUGCGGAGCCACUUUGACGGGGUGCGCGCUCUGGCCUUCCACCCCGUGGAGCCCGUGCUGGUCACCGUCUCCGAGGACCACACGCUCAAGCUGUGGAACCUGCAGAAGACGGUCCCCGCCAAAAAAAGUGCCUCUCUUGAUGUGGAGCCCAUCUACACAUUCAGAGCCCAUGUUGGGCCUGUGCUCUCAUUGGCUGUCAGCUCCAGUGGAGAGCACUGUUUCAGCGGUGGCAUCGACUCCACCAUCCAGUGGUGGAACAUGCCCAGCUCCAACGUCGACCCCUACGACACUUACGACCCCAGUGUUCUGGCAGGCUCUCUGCUCGGGCACACAGACGCAGUCUGGGGCCUGGCCUACAGCGGCAUCAAGAACCGGCUGCUCUCCUGUUCCGCCGAUGGAACCGUGCGGCUCUGGAACCCUACGGAGAAGGAUUCCUGCCUCACCACCUACAAUGUAGAGAAAGAGCACGGAAUCCCCACGGCAGUGGACUUCACAGGCUGUGACCCUGCCCACAUGGUGGCGUCCUUCAACACGGGCAACGCCGUCGUCUACGACCUGGAGACGUCCCAGCCCAUCGUAGUGUUCCCCGCGCAGGGCGAGAGCACUCUGCCUGCCGGUAACCAUAUUAACAAGGUGGUCAGCCACCCCACACUGCCCGUCACGGUCACCGCCCACGAAGACCGGCACAUCAAGUUCUUUGACAACAAAUCGGGGAAACUCAUCCAUGCCAUGGUGGCUCACUUAGACGCUGUCACCUGCUUGGCAGUGGACCCCAAUGGCAUCUACCUGAUGUCAGGAAGCCAUGACAGCUCAGUGCGCCUGUGGAACUUGGACAGCAAGACGUGCGUGCAGGAGAUCACGGCCCAUCGGAAGAAGUCGGACGAGAGCAUAUACGACGUGGCCUUCCACCCGUCCAAGGCCUUCAUCGCCAGCGCCGGGGCAGACGCACUCGCCAAAGUCUUUGUGUAGAGCCGCCUCUUCGUGGGCCAGAGACCUAGAACCCACACACAAACACAUACACACACACACACGCACGCACACACACACAAUACACAGACAGACUUAAGAAACGGACUGCUUCACUGCCUUGUGUAACGGUAGCAUCCCUGAACACUACAACGAAGUCUCCUGCUCCUGUUCCUGUAGCCCUGGCAGAGCUGACGCUCGCGAGGACUUCCGGCUGAAGGGGGAGCGUCCUUUCCAGGGGCGACUGCAGCACCUAUCCCCCCCCCCCCCCCCCCUGUCCCCCCAAAACCCUUCUGUCCAGUUUGACCGGAAAUUCCCCAGACUGGCUAGGGAGAACACACAGACAGACAGACAGACAGACACACAGAAUAACUAAAGUAUUGUUUUAACUGUAAUUUACUGUAAGUUGCAGCUGGGGGGUGGGGGUGGAUUAAGGAAAAAAAAAAAAAACAACGCCAGCUUCUGUAGCCAUUGGAGUUUGUAUAAGCUGGGCAGAAAUCGGUUCUGUAGGGGAACCAUGGAGUGGUUCUCGAAUCAUGUGCUUCAGUAGGUCAUUUUUUUGGACCUUAGAACCCCCUCCCCUCCUCCGCCCUAGGCUGGGUGUGUAGUUCUCGGUCCCAGUCUGACACGUCUCCCCUGCGACUCCUCUUGUAGCAUAAAAAAAAGAAGAGAAUAGUCAUAAACCUCCCCUGUUCAAUCAGCCUCAUACCUUAGCUAUUAGUUUCAUGACAUUUUGUGUAAAAAAAAAAAAAGUAUAUAUAUAUAUAGUUUUUAUAAUCCUUUUUAUAUAAAUAAAGACUGCCAUAACAGCACUGAAAAUUUCAGUUUUUAAUUAAUUGGAGAGGAAGAGCGUUUGACCAUUCAGUCCCCUCCCCCUCCCCGACUCUUCAUCCUGUCCCUGACAUCCUGUCUUCUGCCAGUGCAGGAAGGAUGGCACCCCCAGUCACUCGCUGACUGGAGAACGGAUGCCGGCCAGACUGGGGCCAGGUCCGCUCCGGUCUUCGCCCACUAUCUGGGUCACGUCUCCCUCCGCCCCUGGCUCUUUCUGUUUCCCCGACCCUGACCCAACCCCCUAUCCCCACCCGUGACUGUAGGGCGAGAGAGGCACCCAACAGCUCCUGGCUUCUGGAAGAGCUCUUAAAAAAAAAAAAAAGAUUAUAAAGUUAACUGCAGCAUCCUAUCACUAUGUGAUAUUUUUGUACACCUUCUGUAUUAGAGUUAAUUUAUCACAGGGUUAGACAUCUUUGAGAAAAACAAAAAAACGCUAUCCGUGUAUUUAUUUCAGUUUGGUUAGUCUUAUUCUUUGUCUCAUGAUGAAAGACUGCGGUCGAAGGAUGUCCUUGAGAACGGCUUCCUGCAAAGCGUCAGGAACAGCACUCGUAAAUAGAUGAUUCUAAAGAAAAUGGCGGCUUCUGCACAGUGGAAGAAGCCGCUCCGUGUCGUGACGACAGAUCAGUGCUUUGAAGCAUACGGAGGAACUUUUAUUUUUGGGGUAUUUCUGUUUUUCUUCUUUUUUUUUGUUUGUUUCUUUUAAAUGGAAGGGAUUUGAAUAGCAAACAUCAAAGAUGAAUCAUGGUUCUAAACAUCUUUGGUUUGGUUAUACUUUUCCCUACUUUAUCCUGUAAAACCAUUUUAUUUUCAAACAUGCUACAAUUUAUGGUGUAACUAAAGAUUUUUUUUUUGUUUGUGUAAUGCAUGAUUAAUACAAUAAAGUAUUUUUUCUAGUCUUCCAAAAGGAAAAAAAAAAGUUCUGAUCAGUUUGCGAGUUUUGAUGAGUUUUGUAAGGUUUUUGAUUUACAAACUAUGAAUCCGCAGAUUUUAAAGAUUGUACCACAUAGCAAAAUACCGCUGUUGAAAAGUAAUGUAUAUAAAAUGUCUAUAAUAAAUAUUAAAUGGUGUACCUGUACAUACA